AUGGAGCAGUGCUUUGGUACCUUGUUUAGACAGUCUGCCUUUUCCUCUAUGCAUCCAUCCCAGGUUAUCUCUUCUCGUCCGCUACGAGCUCCUUGGACUGCUGCUGCGAUUGCUGCCAAAAAAACCAAAGAACAAAUGAUAGCAUUCACAGCUGCAACUGAGCCAGUAUCCAAGUCGGAAACUACUGCUACAGCCAAUACUGUCGAGUCAUUACCACAUGCUAAUACCAACAUUACAACCAAGUCGACUGACAAGCUCCCAAUUCUUCAUUCUGCAACACAAUGGGGACUCAAAUAUUCGUUACGCACAGAUCUGAAAACUAUCCAACUUGACUCUUUUGAUGAUGAAACCCUUAUUCGGCCUAUCUUCAAGUCUGGUUUUGCUCGUCACAACGGUAUACUGAGCUGGAAGGAGAAUUUCCCUCAGCCCCAAGCAAGCAUGCUUGCAGAUGUUCGUAGCAGAGCCAUGUGUGAUCUCGAUCAUGACAUAACUGGACUUCCUGCCAAACCACUGCAGAACAUGACCAAUGCCGAAUGGAAGCAAUGGCUGUUGUUUGCCAGGUCAAAAAGAUCUGAAUUCAACAGACUACUUGAGAAUAGACGGACCAGCGAUAGUCAUUGGAAACAAUUUCUUGGUUUGGAAAAUUUGCCAUCCAAAGAAGAAGACAUUCAUCCUGUUCACUACUCUGCUUACAAGCCACCACAAUCCAUGUCUGAUACUGCCAGUUAUACUACCACCCCCAUUCCUCUUGCCAAAAAAGUCCGAGGCCGUCUUCUCAACGUUCUCAGGGUAUCCGAUUAUGCUGUGGGUAUUAAUGGCGUGGUUGCAUAUCUGCAUAAAACCAAAACUCCAUCGUAUCUCCAACAACAUAGCGGCCACAGUGGUUUCAACCAGCGUGUUUUGGUGGACAGAUCUGUCACUUAUGACUUUUGGGUGCUGUAUUCUGGGCAUGAUCAUCUUGGACGUCCAGAUGUGAUUGUUACCAUGAUGGAUCCUGCAAUUCAUCACAAUGCUAUGUUUGAUCAUUCAUCAGGCCGUGGUUCAUCUUCUACGUCCAGGUAUAGAGAAGCACAUGAACGUCAGCAUCAAAAUACAAAAGAUCUCAAAAAUACUCUUAAUAUAAAGCCAUUUGGUUUAAACCUGGAACAAAAAGACUAUACUCAAUUUCAAACAAGCUCGUUUUCCACUGAGCAAGAUAACGAUCUUAUUGCAUCUAUUAUCAACAAUGCUACAUCCUUGAAAAAAUAAAUGAUUCAAAGUCGUAACCUUU